UGCUCUUCCCUCUCUCCCUCUCCUCCCUCCCGGGUGUGAAGCGCUCAGUGUCUCCGCCAGCGCCAGCGAGGAAGGAAGGCGAGCGGAGAGAGCGAAGUGAGAGGCUUCUAGCAUGGGGGGCCGCCUAAGGGGAUCUUCGGGACGUCAGGCCCGGCCAAUCCUAUCUCCCGACCGUGGCCCCUGUUAGACGGUCAUCAGAGGGGAGGGAGAGAGAGAGAGAGAGAGCGAGAAAGUGGAAAGAGGACGGGAGAAAAGAGUGAGGAGAGCGGAGAGAGGAGGAAAGGAAAAGGGGGACGGGGAGAAGACUUGGGGGAUCCCAAGAAAGGGCAAAGAGGGAGAGAGGAGACAGAAAAAAGGGAAAGGAAGGAAGAAGGGAGAGGAAGGAGGAAGGUGAGGAAAGGUGGAGCCGGAGAGCAGAACUGAGGGACCAAAGAGCACCGCGAGGUGGGGAGCGAAGAGCGAAGGAGAAGGGAGAGGCGAGUGAGCGAGUGGCUCGACCCUGGCGGCCUCCCGGGGCUCCGGGCAGGGGCGCGACGGGGGCGCCAUGCGGGGGGGCUCUUAGUGUGGUCCGGGCGGCCUCCCGGAGGAGACCGGGAGGCGAGGGGGAUGCCCAUGGCUAGAGCGGCGCCCUGGCGCCCGCUCCCCGGGCCGCUGCCGCUGCUGCUGCUGCUGCUGCUGCUACUGGCGUCGGGCCGGACGCGGGCCCGGGCGCCCGUGGAGACCAAGGCUCAGGACAAGGGCGAGCCCAAGCCCGGUGCGGGCGGCAGCCCCAGCCCCAGGCCCGAGCAGGCGCUGGCGGUGCCCAGCGAGCCCCCGGGGGCGGGCGGCGACCGCUGCCUGGGCUAUUACGACGUGAUGGGUCAGUGGGACCCACCGUUCAACUGCAGCACGGGGCCCUACCACUACUGCUGCGGGACGUGCGGCUACCGCUUCUGCUGCCGGGACGCCCCGCGCCGCCUGGACCAGAGCCGCUGCUCCAACUACGACACGCCCAGCUGGCUGCAGACCGGCUCUCCGCGCUCGUCCGGGGGCUCCCCCGACGGCGGCCCGGGCGGCGGCGGCGGCGCUGGACCCAACCCGACUCGCGAUCGGGCCCACGUAGCGGUCUACAGCGUGUGCGGGGUCGUGGCCCUGCUGGCGCUCGGCGCCAUCCUCACGCGCCUGGGACUGGACAAGGCGCACAGCCCGCGGGCGGAGCGCGCCGUGGCCAGGACUCUGACCGACCUGUUGAAACAGCCGGGACAGAGCCCGUCGGCCCCACUGCCCCCACCGCUGGGGAGCAGUGUGCAGAUGCAGAUGGCGGACAGCCUCCCUCGCGCUCCCCACCGCGCAGGGGGCAAUGGUUGUUGGCUGACCAGUGUACCCUGGGGACGAGGGCCAGCGGGGAAACCGGGGGAGGACCCGAUGGGAGAACCCCAGAAAGGAAGGACCCCAGCACCACUUGCCCUCUUUCCCUCUUCUGUCGCUCCAGACAAAAAGCACUUGAACAACGCCCCUCUGGGGACCCCCAUGCUGCCCACGCUGGGCCUGGGCCCUUCCCACGGAUCCCGGCUGCACCUGGGCAACAGCCUGACCCUGCAGCCCGACUACCCCAAGUACAACUCCCUGAAGGCCUUCGAGACGGCUCCUGGAGAAUUCUACAAGCGCUUCCCUUCCGUGGACGUGCCCGUGCCCAGCACCGUGUCCCUCCCACCGCGGGUCCCCCGACACCACAAGGAUCUGCCCCUGCUGCUGGACGGCUGCCCCUGGGCCACACCGGGCCCCCGGGCCAAAGGGCUGAGGAGCGGCGCUCGGCCCCCCACGGGGCCCGGCCCGGGGCCCCCCACCUGCCAAGGCUGGGCCACUGCUCGGGUGCCCCCCAGGACCCCCCACGGGCCCCGGGCCCAGCCCUCCCCCGCCCCGCGGCGGCCCCCGGCCCACGGGCCCCAAGCGGCAGUUCAGCGCCGAGCAGCUGAGUGAGGCCUUCGGCCACCAGCCCCCCGGGGGCCCGCGCCACCUGCCCACCAACAGCAAGGCUGAGGUCACGGUGUGAGGGCUCCCGGCGGGGGCCACAGCAAAGGGCUGGGGAAGGGGAGAGGGGAGCAUGGCCUGGCUGCUGCUCCCGGCCUGGAGGCCUCCCUCGGAACCUUGGGUCGCUCCCCUGCAGAACGAGGGGCCGGUCCCAGGAAAGUCCCGAGAGUCCCUGGUUACUGCUGCCUUCCCUCUCGGAGCGCCCCCUCCGAAGGGCUGUGUCCCCUCCCCCAGCCCGAGGGCAGACGCUUCCCGCAGGGACAGGCCCCAGAGGGGCCCCAGGAGGGGCUCAGGACCAGGGACAGCUGCCGCUGUGGGAGCCAGACCCUGGCUGGCAGACCCCAGAGGGAGGGGGGAGGAGGGGGCCGGGCACAGGAAUGGAGGGAAGGGGCUGGGAGGGUGUGGGGGCUUUGCAGAGCACAAAGCUGCAGCUGCCGGGGUCCCCGGUUCUCCUUUGUAAAUAAACCUCCCUUCCCUCCUCAAUAAACACGGCCUCCCCAGGGGUGAGGCUGCUGGCAGCUUA